AUGCUGUUGACCAACACGACCGCACAGCAUAUCGACUUCAUCAUGCUUCUCACAAACAGCGUCCUCGCCGCCUUGGCGAUGGCUGGCAAUGCCGUCGCAACGCCACAUGCACCGAAACCCAAAGGUCUCUGGGAAGCCAUGCAAUCCCGCGGCCGCGACUGGAUCGGAACCGCCGUCACAUUCCGCAACGACACAGUGGAAGCAUCGAUCUACGGCAACAAAGCUGACUUCAACUCCAUCACUCCGGAGAACGACAUGAAGUGGGGUCUCACCGAGCCUCAGCAAAACAACUUCACCCUCGCUGGCGCGGACAAGUAUGCCGACUACGCUAGGAAGCACGGCGUGCAGAUCCAUUGCCAUAAUUUGGUGUGGCAUAGUCAGCUGCCUGAUUGGGUUGCCAAUGGAAACUUCACCAAGGCUGAGCUCACUGCUGUUAUGAAGAAUCAUAUUGAUACGCUUGCGGGGCGGUAUAAGGACGUUUGCACGAGAUGGGACGUCGUAAACGAAGCCCUGGAAGAAAAUGGAACCUACCGCAACAGCGUCUUCUACCGCGUCCUCGGCGAAGAUUUCCUCCCCAUCGCCUUCAAGCUCGCCCACGCCGCCUCACCAAAAUCCAAACUCUUCUACAACGACUACAGCCUCGAAGGUUCCGACGUCAAAGCCGCCGGAGCCCAACGCAUCGUCAAAUACAUCCAGUCGAAGGGUGGACCAAUUCAUGGCGUCGGAUUUCAAGCACAUCUCACCUCUGAGCCGACCACGUCUAGCGGAGGCGGUGUUGCACCAGGACGAGUCGAACUCACGAACAGACUGCAGAGCUUUACUGCUCUGGGUGUGGAUGUUGCUUAUACUGAGUUGGAUGUGAGGAUGAAUACUCCCGCGACUCCGGCGAAGACGGCGGUUCAGGCUGAGGUGUACUAUAAUGUUUCGUCCAGUUGUCUUGCGACGAAGAGAUGUGUUGGUAUGACCCUUUGGGGCGUCUCCGACAAAUACUCUUGGAUUCCUGGUACCUUUCCCGGAGAAGGUUCCGCGGAUGUCUGGGACGAGAAUCUGCAGAAGAAGAAGACAGUCUACCAGAGAUUCCUGGAUGGAAUUCUGUGCGGAGGCAAGAAGUGA